CGAGAGCAUUUAAACAAUAAAGGAAAAGUGCUUAGCCCACAAGGCACGGAAAGAAAUAAAUAAAUACUGGGAAGUGAGAAGUGUUUCUCAGGAUUCUGGGCCACAUAGAACCAUAACAGAAGAGAAGAGAGGAAACUAGAGAGGUGAGAGAUAGGAAGAUUUCUCUUAGAUAAAAGCUUGCCUUUGGAAGAAGAGUUGUUGAGCCAGGAACCAAUCAUGUCUCCUCGUGGAGUGCAACUGCAAGUACAAGAUCGCUAUGUAGUGAUGGAUAAUGGGCUCCUCCAAGUAACAAUCUCAAAACCAGAUGGGAUAGUCACAGGCAUACGAUACAAUGGCAUUGACAAUCUACUUGAAAUUCAAAAUGAAGAAGUUAACAGAGGGUAUUGGGACGUCGUUUGGAGUGGAGAAGGCCGUACUGGAGUUUUUGAGGUGAUAAAGGCGACAGAGUUUGAGGUUAUAACAGAAAAUGAGGAGCAGGUGGAAGUUUCCUUCACAAGACCAUGGGAUACCUCCUUGGCGGGAAAAUUUAUUCCCAUAAAUAUAGAUAAGAGGUUUAUAUUGUUACGAGGUUGUUCAGGCUUCUAUUCUUAUGGGACAUAUGAGCAUUUAGAAGGCAUGCCUGCCUUCAGCCUUGCCGAAACCAGGAUUGCAUUCAAGCUUAGAAAAGACAAGUUUCAUUAUAUGGCCAUGGCAGAUAAUAGGCAAAGGAUCAUGCCCAUGCCCGAGGACCGGUUGCCCGGACGAUGUCAAACCCUUGCCUACCCAGAAGCAGUUCUCUUAACCAAUCCCAUUAAUCCGGACCUCAAGGGCGAGGUGGAUGACAAGUACCAGUAUUCUUGCAAUAACGAGGAUAACAAGGUCCAUGGGUGGAUAUGCUUUGACCCUCCUGUGGGCUUCUGGCAGAUUACUCCCAGUGAUGAGUUUCGGACUGGAGGACCUGUAAAGCAAAACCUCACCUCCCAUGUUGGCCCAACCACUCUUGCUAUGUUUUUAAGUGCUCAUUACUCAGGAGAAGAUCUGGUGCCCAAAUUCCAAGAUGACGAACAGUGGAAGAAGGUUUUUGGCCCAGUUUUCAUCUAUCUUAAUACAGUUUUGGAUGAUGAGGAUCCACAUUCACUCUGGGAAGAUGCCAAAAUACAGAUGAUGGUGGAAGUCCAAAGUUGGCCCUACAGUUUUCCAGCCUCUGAGGAUUUCCCUUCUUCGGAUCAAAGAGGAAAUGUUAGUGGUCGAUUACUGGUUCAAGACAGGUACAUCAAUGAAGGGUACAUAUCAGCAAACUCGGCUUACGUCGGGUUAGCUCUUCCAGGAGAGGUUGGAUCAUGGCAAAGAGAAUGCAAGGGUUACCAGUUCUGGACUAAAGCGGAUACUGAUGGCUACUUCUCCAUAAGUGAUGUGCGCACUGGAGAUUAUAAUCUUUACGCAUGGGUUCCUGGUUUUAUUGGAGACUACAAAUAUGAUGUUGUGGUCACCAUCACCUCAGGUUGUGAUUUUGAUCUGGGUGAACUGGUAUAUGAACCUCCAAGAAACGGACCCACAUUGUGGGAGAUCGGCAUCCCUGACCGUUCAGCGGCGGAAUUCUAUGUUCCUGAUCCUAAUCCAAAAUACAUCAACAAACUCUUUGUUAAUCAUCCAGACAGAUUUAGGCAAUAUGGAUUGUGGGACAGAUAUGCAGAAUUAUAUCCUGAUGGAGAUCUUGUCUUCAAUGUUGACACAAGUGACUAUAGGAAAGAUUGGUUCUUUGCUCAGGUCACCAGGAAGAACAGCAAUAACACAUACCAAGCAACCACAUGGCAGGUCAUAUUCAAACUCGACUCUAUCAAUGACAAUACCACCUAUCAACUGCGACUGGCUCUUGCAUCUGCCACAGUUUCUGAAUUACAGGUUCGAUUCAAUGACCCGAAAGCAAACCCUCCUCACUUUUCAACAGGGCUGAUAGGGAGGGACAACUCAAUUGCAAGGCAUGGCAUUCAUGGUCUAUAUUGGCUAUAUAAUGUUGAGGUACCAAGCACAAGACUUGUGCAAGGAGACAAUACAAUCUAUUUAACUCAAUCAAGAAGUAUCAGCCCUUUUCAAGGGAUCUUGUAUGACUACAUUCGCUUAGAAGGGCCUCCAGCUUCCUCCAAUUCUAACAAAAAACAUUAAUAAAGAUGUGGAUAGAAGCACAGGCCAAGUUGAUUAAUUCUGUAUUAUAUAUAGGGCUUUUAACUUGCGAUGUACACAUAAAUUGAGCGACAACUAAUUAACCCUAACAGGCAUGGAUAAAAGAAAAUGCUGUUCCAAAGCCUGACUCUUCCAUGCUCAAUAGGUUCUGUUGAUCAUGAUCCAUCGUUCACUGUUGACGGUGUUCAACCUAAAAAUCCGAGUUUCAUGGUCACAGAACGUAAAUAUUUACGUGAUUAGUAAGAUUAUUUACGUCCACAAUGAGGUGAAAUCUAUUUCACUAUCAAUGGAGAAUAUGGUUGUAUUCAUUCGUUCUCAAA